CGGGUCUUUUAAGUCCGUCUCUUAAUGUUUUUAGAAUUAAAAAAAAAAUAAAAAAUAGCAAUUAUCUCAAACUACGUCUCUUAAUCAAGCAAAAGAAGAGACGGUCUCUUCUUGCUCUCUCUACCGCGAAGAAGGAAGAAAGAAGAAGAAGCCAUGGCAGCAGUAGGACUUUUUCGGUGUAAUCUUUUCAUCUCCUUUCCUCUGCAAUCCAGCUAGAGAAGGAGAAUUUGUGUUUGUAUGGACAUCCGAGUGAGUUGUGGGAAGUGAACGAAACCCUAAUUCUUCCUCUGGAUUCAAUUCGAUUUCUUCGUAAUCCGCCAUGGAUGCUCAACGAGCUCUGUUGGACGAACUUAUGGGCGCAGCUGGUAAUCUGACGGACGAAGAGAGAAGAGGAUUCAAGGAGAUUAAGUGGGAUGACAGAGAGGUCUGUGCAUUCUACAUGGUUCGAUUUUGUCCCCACAACCUCUUCGUCAACACCAAAAGUGAUCUUGGUGCUUGGUUGAGGAUUCAUGAUCCCCAGCUCAAAGAGAGAGAUGUUCUGUUGAAAAAUGUGGAGAGAAUGGAGUCGGACAUAGUAGCGGGAUGCUUUUGCAACGCAGCGCAGGUGAUUGGGAUGAAGUGUGUGGUGACGGCGGUGGAAGUGAGAGAAGCGUCGGUGAGAGAAGUUGCGAUGCAUCUGGGGAGAACAGAGAAGAUACUUGAGAUUGUGGACAGGAGAUGCAUGCCUGCUUUGUCUCAUCACGAAGUGGCGAAGAUUGAUGAGUGGACAAAAGUUGAAGAUAUGUCUCCUCCUCUGCCCGAAGCAGACAAAGACGGUGGCGUUAUUGUUAAAGAGAGUUCAACUCUCAUUGCAGAGGCAGCUUCUGAUGGUUUUAGCUCCAUGUCUGUGGUAAGGCAGUUGAACCAGUUUCAAGUUUAUUGAAUGCUUGAACUUGUGUUUACAAAGUGAUAUCAUCACAUUCAAAGCUACACUUCAUAUCGUUUCUUGUUUUUGAAUACAUUCAAAACUUGUAUGUUUUUGUAAGUACUAGUAUUCACAUGUCUUAGAAACUUGUAUAAAUGAAACUAGUAUUACUUAAGAAAAAGUUUAAGUUUAAUAAGAAAAAUUAAAAAAAUUUGGUGUUUAA